UGAUUCACCUUCAUUGAAGGAUGUUGUAUAGACAACACACAGUCACCUUGAUCAGUUCAGUGAAAUAUGAACUGGUUGAGGAAGGUGGUUAUCGCUUGAUGGGACAAAUUUAAAUCAUGACAAAGGUAACAGAACGAUACAAUAAAGCAAAGGAUGAACAUCAUCAUAUGUUGAAUCCCACUAUGGAAGUUGAGUUUUGGCAAGGGGAAGCAGCUCGGUUGAGGCAACAAUUACAAUGCUUGCAGCAUAGCAACAGGCAGCUUUCUGGAGAAGGGAUUUCUCGCUUGAGUGUCAAAGAACUACAAAAUCUGGAAAACCAAUUGGAAACAAGUUUAAAAAGUGUUCGGAUGAAAAAGGAACAUAUUUUCACAGAAGAAAUCAAAGAAUUACACCGAAAGGAGAGUCUUAUGGUUCAAGAAAAUAAAGAACUGCACAACAAAAUAAAGCUCGCGCAUCAAGAGAAAGCAGAAUUGCAAAAGAAGAUUUAUGGAUUGUGGAGUACGAAUGAAGUAAACAAACACCACAACACCUCCUUUUCCUUAAGCAUUGAUAACAACUUAAAUGCACCACAGACGGAUGACAUGGCAGCAGAAGCGAUGAACCUAAGGUUAUAACGAAUCGACAUAUCCGGUAGGGACCACGAAAUUGUUUUUAUAACAGAUUUACAAGAGACUUGAGAAAUAGAAGGUGCACCUACAUUCAUAUGUUGUAAAGCUCCACCAACAUUGUAAAAAGAUUCAAUCAUCCAUAGGUCGUCAAUGUAUUCUACGAAUUCUGAAUGUAUAGUUUCAAUAAUAUAAAAUGUGAGGAGUAUGAUUAUUUGAGAUGUUCUAAAAUAUGAUGUCUUUGAAUUAAGUAUGCAUGUAUUCUGUAUUCUCCAGAAAACCAGACGUAUCACCCAAGUUAUUUUCAUGGACAAAUUACUUGGCAUGUUUUGG